GGGUGGGUGGGGGGGGGGGAAAUGAAAGGGUGAGGAGAAAGAGAGAGUUGGAAACAUAGAGUGUGAUAAGAGGUUUUUCAGAGGAGAGCAGAGGCAGAUGGGGAAAGAAGAGGGAAACAGAGCGAGGGAGUUAAAGCGAUGAGAGGGAGUGGGAGGAAGAAAGAGAAAGGAGAGAAGGCAGAGCGGCGCAGUGCGGGGGGGAUAGAGAAGGAGAGAGGGUGAGAGAGCAAGGGAGAGGAGGGAGAGAGAGAGAGAGAGAGCGAGAGGGAGAGAGGAAGCCUACGGAGCGACUGAGCCAGUGAUACGCAGGCAGUCACGGAGAGAAGAUGGAGAGUCUGAGGACGUUGGCAUCCCUGAGGCUGGUCCAAUGAGAUGGUGAGGAGCUCAGGAGCACUACGGAGGAGAGGCAGGAGCAGAGGGAGAGACAGGGGAGACAGGGAGGCGUCAGCAGGAGGGGAGGAGUGAACGUUCAGCUCCUCAGCUGAAGGAGAAAAAAAAAAAAAAAAAAAGCUGAUAAAAGUUUUUGAGAGAGCGCCGGAGAGGGAAGGAGGCAGGAGGAAAGAGAGAAAAGACGGUGGAAAUAACCAACGUUGAUGGCCGCGGUAGGAGGAGAUCCAUGGACAAAGAGGAGGAAGCGUUCUUCAUCUCAGGAGUUGACCUCGUCCUCGUCUGCUGCUCCCUCCGUCUGUGAGGCUGGACUUCCUCCACCACCAUGUUCUCUGACAGCAGGGCUUCACCUUCUGGGGAGCAGAAAGGCUUCAAGCCUCACGCUCCCCACUUCCUGCCGUGGCUCCGCAACAGUUUGAAGUCGCACCACGGCGGCGACGUGGGACUGAAGAGGCCGCAGAAGUCCACCUCCGAGGUCUUCAACACCCUGACUCCUCUGGAGAGACCCAAGGGAAUCGGAUUUUUCUCUUUCUCCGGGAAAGAGCGCAGUAAGAAGAGCGACCUCCGGUGGAAUGGCGUGUCGAUGGCGAAGAUGCUGCCUGUGAUGCUCCGAGGGCCGCACAUCCUGCACGGGACUCUGGGGAAGCAGAGGGAGGACAGUCCCGUUCGGUGGAACCAGUCUCCGGAGUUAGCCCCAGCCGAGGGCCCGGGGGAGGAGAGGCGGCACCAACAGGUCAACAGCUCCACCGCAGCUGAGGACGACCACGCCGUGGUGAGAAACCACAGCGGUCGCCUGAGCGUCCUUCAUCCACAGAAGGACAGGACUUGCGUCCCGCUCAGAAAAUAUGGGCCACUGGUGGCUGCGGUGUCUGUGACGGCACCGCUGGCCCAGGAUGCUAACUAUAAGGUGCCUGUUGGGGUGUGUGUGGAGGACGGACGGGCCAAGGCGUGGGACUACACCAACUGCACCACCUUCCGCCGCGGAGACGUCCAUUCGUCCAGCUGGGCCAGUCCAGAAACUCAGGGACUGAUAGAGCGUCAGCGCCGGCUCAGCUCCAGCUUCAGCUACGUCCAGCAGCGGAGCAGGAACUCCCAGAGCCAAAGAGACCUGACGGCGCUGAGGGAGCCACCUGUGGAGGGUCUCAGCAGGGUCAGACCUGCCAAUGGAGUGAUCUUCUCCACCGAGGUUCCUCAGCAGAACCCGGGCUGUACCAAAACCCUACGGCGCCCCAGGAGACCGAGACCGAGCUCGGAGCACGUCGCGGUCCUGGACGGCGACAGGGAGCCACAGAGCUGCAGCAGGAAGGCGGUUCGCAAUCAAAUCAAACGUGUGAUGGACAACCUGGAGCAGGUGCUGACGGCGCUGAGGGACGUCCACCAGGAAAUGAAGGAGGUGGUUCAUCAGAUCGACUCCCUGACCUCAUCCAUCGACAUGGACGAGCCACAACGGGGGUUUAGAGGAGGCGACUCCAGUCCGGUGUCCAGCCCCAGCACGGCCCGAUCAGGCAGCACCCGACGGAGGGUCUCACAGCCGGAGUCGAACAGCGCCCUGAGGAGAGAUCAGCGCCGCAGGAGCUCGUCUCCACCAGGUCUACAUCUGUGCCCCGCCUCCUCGGGGGGUUCCCCUGAGAGGAGCCAAACCUGCGCCGGCGGGUCUUCACCGGGGAACGGUGGACCGGAGCCAAACGCCGAGGUUCCCUCACCUGGUCCAGCCCGUGACCUCGUGCUGCUGCACCAAAAAACUCUCCCGGUGCGACCUCCCACUCCUGGCCUGUCACCUUUGACCGUGAACCUCCAUCCGCCCUCCUCCUCCAUCGGGGUCAGCUCUGCCUCUCCUCCCUCCCCUCUGUCUUCAGAGCCUCACCCACCCCCUGCCCUCGGCCCGUCUGUCAUCAUAGAAACCAAAGGAGCUUCUAAUCAGACCUCACUAAGCGACCACCUAUCUGCUGGCCUGCUUUCUGCAUCAUCAACUCAGCCUCCAUCUGCCGGCGGCCCACCCACCGACUCAGAUAUGCAAAAUGCGUCCAACACUAACGCGGAGAGCGAAGCUUCCGCAGCAGGCCCGCUCCAUCUUCCAGCUUCAAGGAUGCAGCCGACGGCGGCACAGGGUCGCCGCGGCCGCAAACCCCCGCCUUACCCCCACCACGGCCCGUCUGAGCACACGAAGAAAGCGAAGGAGACGCGCAAAGCUCCUCCGUACCCGGAGAAAAGGCGGCUGCUCUCGACCACGGUGUGAGACGACGCAGCAGGUGUGGGAGGCAGAUCGAACAGAGCCACAUUCACAGCACCGGCCGCCGCAAGUCUGCAGGACUAAAGAGUGAUUUAAGGCUCGCCAAGUUGAACUGACACCAAGUUUCCAAGGUGACGGGAUAUAGAUGCAACUUGGGGUUAUGGAUGUGGUCAUUUCCUGUUGUGACUCCAGGGGGAGCUGUAAUGGUGACAAGAGGGACACACAAACAUUUCCUCCACUUCAGACAUCAGACAAAGGGAAACCCAACCAAGAGCAGACAAGGUACAAAUCCACGAGACAGUAAUCCCAGCGCAAAGUCAAAGCAGCAACAAACAAACAGCCAAAUCUGAAAUCAAUCCCAGACCUCGUUUUCUGGACACUCGUGUGGAUCUAAGACGGCCAGACCGUAAUCCCGCUGGUUACGUAAGAGCGGAGGGAGGAGAGCAGAGGAGAGGGAGCGCAGAUCUGUAAUAAUGAUGCAGCUCUGAGACUCGAACAACAGCCCCAGUGAUCCCCACGUGGCACUCAGGGAUAAAAGCCAAAUCUCUGCACAGGCUGAUGAUGACGCGUGUGUGGCAGGGAGCCAGAGCAGGAGGCUGAAACAUGUGCUCUCACUAAUGACAGUGUGUCAGGACCGUCCUUGCUGGGGGAAGGAGGCGUGUCAAGGUGCACUCCACUCCACUGAUGACCACGUCAGACGCUAGAGAAGAGAACCUCCAGCCCUGAGACGGAUGACUGUGCUCAGACAGAGAGUCCAGACAUUAACCUUCCAUCAAACAUCAUCAGCACAGACCAUAAUGAGAGUGGGUUCCAACUCCAAUAAAGAUUAUUUGUUACUGAUCACCGUUGUCUGUGUUGGUUUGACAAACACGAUGGUUUUGACAAAGACGUCGGACCGAACAGAAAAAAAACAUUUCAUUAUCAACCAUCCGUGCCGCAGCCUUUUUGCGGUCGUUGGUGAGAAGUUUCAGUCCUUUAUUCACUGGUCAAUCUCUCAGGCCGCUGCAGAUGUGUUGCUUUUCCAGUCUUGACACCGCCCUUCAGUUCACUUAACCGAUUUUAGUCAGGGCUUUGUUCAGGCCAAUCAAUAACAUCGACUUUGGGCUUUUCAAGAAAAAAGUUUACUUUGGGUCAUUGUGGCUUGAGGUUUUCUCAGAAAAUCUUCAAUCUUAGCUUGGUUUUUUGUUGUUUUUUUUUUCAGAUUGACUCAACAGCCCUGAGCAAAUUACUCACCUACAUUUCACCUACAUUUCCUGAAAUAAAUAUUCCUAAAAUAAAAUAUUCCUAACAAACCUCACUGCAGGGUAGAACAUUUUUGGGUUACAUGUCACUUCUCUCUUUAAACAACAACAGUUCGGUAUUUGGGUUUUAGUGACACCUUGUGGUGAGAGCACGUACUGCACCCAGGCGUACCCGUGCUGCAUCAGUGGCAGGUGCAGCACCUGCAGGUUUUGCAGAGAUGCUCGUCGUCAACGGCAUCGACUGCGAACAUAUUGAAUUUGGUCCUUUUUAAAUGAUUUGUCUGAGAGUGAGAAGCCUCUGUAUCUGCACUGACAGGACGCCUGUAGCAGUGCAGUAAUGUCAGGGGGCGAAAAGUCACUGCUGCACUUUGUCUUUGUUAGUCGGCGGAGUCCUGUGAGCUUUUUGCUGUCUAACAGGAGCUCCGCUCCAACUAAUCAUUCAGCAGAGGGAAAAAAGCUGAGGAGCCAAAACACAGCAGGGGAUUUAUCAUGUGUUGCACCUACUGUAAUAUAAAUAUAAUGUUCCAGUUCUAGUGUAAUUUAUAACCCAUAACAAAGUAGACUGGAGCCAUUUCCAAAGAUUACCCGGUGGUUUGGUGUUUUACAGGAAUAAUAUGUAUUCAAAUGGGGAAUUUAACAGUGUGUCAGUAUAUUAUCAUCUUCACUUUAGUUUGAUACGAGGGGAAACCCACAUGUAUUUCUCAUUUACAAUCUGCCAGGUUCAAGGUAAAUACAUUUGAACAAAAAUCUUAAAUAAAUUUCUGAUAAAAUUGAUGAUUCAUAGAUUUUAGUAUAUGAAAUUAUAUUAUUAGAAAUGAUUAGAAAUGAAGUUAUAUUUUAGAUUUGUUAAUACUACAUUUUUGCACAUAUACGUCUUAGAAAAAGGUAUUUGUUUGCAACUUAUCUACAGUGUAAGACCAUACGUCUGUCUGUCCUACAUUACAUAAAUAAAAGUUUGAUGAAUGAGUGUGUAUUUGCGAUACAAAAACCUCAGCUGUGGUUGAAACGUUUAUAAAACAGACAGUGACAGGGAGACUGGCUGUUAAUCAGAGCGACUCAAUGACUCUAGUAUCAAACCAAUUCAUUCUCACAAAACAAACAGCAUUAACAUUUAAGAGUGUCUCUUUG